AUGACUUCGACCGGCAGUGCCCAUCUCCUGACUGCCAUUCUCCAAUCCCUCCAAGCACCAGCCGGCCGAAACACUAACAUUCGCACCAUCGUAAACAACACCGCAGUCACCCUUUCCCGCCUCACAAACCCUCUCAAUGUCUCCCUCUUAGCCACCCAAUCUCUUGCUGCCCCCGCAGUCUGGAAUAAUCCCAGUCCCCUCUCCGCCUCUCAAGCCGUUUUCGACAUCUUCCGACUUUCUACCCAGGAGCGGGCUCGCGAAUCUAACCGCGCCCUCUCACUUAACGAAUGGAUAGAUGCCGUAGUUACCGGUGCAGACGCCCGGGUACCACGAUGGAAACAUGCACUUGUAUCCAGUGGGAUCCUAGCCGCCUUCGAAGCCGACGAUGCCCGACUACCAUUUACAACUCGUACGAACCUUGAAGCACAUCUUUUGGAGGUUGUGAACUUUCAUUUCGAAUUUUCAACUUCGGGAAUUGAGACACAUGCUUGUAUAUUGGCGAUAUCGAAUGCAUACAGGCUACUGAGCGAGGAUUCAAGAUACAUGUUGAACUAUCCUGCUCUGACGGGUGCCCUUCUCCCUGCUAUGUUCCUAUCCCCGGAAGGGUACCAAACCGGCGACUUCCUCCGUCAAAUCGACCGUUCUAUCCCUAUCGGCCACCAGAAAAUGGCAGUUGUACCAUCCUUCAGCUUGAAGGACUUCCUAACUCACCCAUUCGUAGCCAAUAUGGGCGCCCUUGCAAAGCUUGCUGCAACAUCGAUGGCCUCGUCUGGAGAAACGGAAACAAUCAACGGCGCAUUAAGUGUUCUUGCUACAUACUCAAGAAGUUUGGUGUCGAUAUGGCGAGAAACCGGGUUAUCGACUUUACCGGAUGAUGCUACUAUCUCGCAAGACCCGGUACAGACGAACACAGCGCAGUUAUGGCAUGUGCUUAAGUCUUCGCUUUUCAGUGCGGUCGUGGUGCUCGAGAGUAUUGUGAGGGUUCUGCUGCAGUCCCACCAGAUUGCAAGGAAUAAUGAAGUGCAUACGUUUGCUAGCCAGAUCUUAUGCAUUCUCCGCGAUUUUUAUUUCAUCACCCAUCGCACGAACCCGGCAGCUUUUGGAACCUACAUGUUCGUAUACCACGCUUGCGUGGAUAUCGUCAUGUCGAAUCCCGCACAGGCAGAAAGCCUAGCCGCUCAAUUGGCACCCAUUCAAGCCGGGACCAUCCCCGCCCAUCCAACCGACAUCCUUCGGGACCUAUACUUCCUCAACACCCUCGAAUACCUCGUAGUCUCCUGCUCCUCACGAUUCUGCACUACCAUCGUUUCUCCCUCGUUAACACCCUACUUGACCUCCCCAUCCAUAACUCCUAUUCUCCGUGAACCCUUCGAAUCUGCACAUUCCCUCAUGCUAGCUAUGAUCGGAUGUCCGCAAUUAGUCGAAUCGAGUUAUAAGAUUCUACCGGGGUAUAUAGAAUCCGUAUUCGCAGCGUAUCCGUUGUUUUUAAGUACGAGACAGUUCAGACUUGCGAUGGCAAGUUUGGUAAAAUUCACGUCGCCGCCGACGGCGUUGAGUGGGAUUCAAAGAGAUUUACCGGAUAUAAUUUUGGAAAUGAUGUGUGCUAGGAUCGAAGCUGCGGAUUCUAGGUAUCCGGUUAAGGCUUACAAACCACCCAGCGCUCCAGCGGAUGCGACACCGGAUGGGAGUGCGCCCGCUGCGGCGGAACCACAGGCUGAAGAGGAGUUUACGGAAAGAGAUGUUUGUAUUCUUUCGAUGUUAGAUUCGUUGCCAUUUAUGGAGGAGGCGGCGUUGGAGAGGUGGUUGGAUAUUGCGGCGGGGUAUGUGGGGAAGACGACGAAGGGAGAUAGUAGGGAGGCUUUGAGGGGAAGGUUUUGGGAUGUUAUCAGUGGGGAGUUGGAUGUGGGGAGAUCGCAGUUGGCGAUUCCGUGGUGGAGUGAAGGGGGGAGGGAGGUCGUGCUGGGGAUUUCUGCGUGA